AUGCUGGCGAAUGCAGAUGGGCUGUUGGUAGGUUUAUUUUCGUCCACUCGUUCACUCGCAGUUAUCCAUAAAUUUCACGAUGAUAAUUGCCAAUACCUAAGUUUAUCUUUGGGCGAAAUUGUAUACAUUCGCCGUCAAUGCCAAGGCUACCCAGCGCUCUCGUUGUGGGGCAUUUCCGAAAUGUUGUGUCCAAAUUGCCGCACCCGAAUUUUGGUCCGAGCUAAAUGCGGAACUGCACAUUGUAUUUUGUCAGCUACUUUCUGUUUUCAAACGAGAAGCCUCUGCGGGUAUCAAGACUUUCUUGACAGAUCUCGCACUUUUACAAAAGUAACAUUCAUUUCUUCCUACAUUUCGCUCAGAGAGCUUGAUCUUCCAGUAUUGAUAAGGGAUGAGAAGUACCUUGCUAUUGAUCCUUAUUCAGAAGUGUUGGUUGAUCUACACAGAAAGCAUUUGAAUUUAUUCAACCAGCUUGAAGAUGCAAAGCUCAUUAGCCAAUGUCCUGCACACAACCUCUUCAACGUACGCCUUAGUUUCGAUCGUCUACCACAGGCUGAGAUCACAAUGUAUCUCGUCAGUCAGGCGAUUACCGGUGCCUCGGAUUUUCUCCCAAACACUGGAGGAACCUCUACUGCUGCGAUGACUACCGGUUAUUCUGCUGAUGACCAAACAGGCGUUGGAAGCACACAGUACUCGAACUCGGCUGGAGGCUUUCAACUUGCUUCAACCCUGAACAGAUUGACAGAGAAUGUCAUCGUCGACGGUUACUCUCGCGUGUUUAGCGAAGUUCUGUUUACGCUCAUAAUUAACACACACACACACAAGCGCAUACUGUUAAAUAUUAUCUCCAUUGUUAACCUUUUUCUAGCAACAAAGGAUAAAAUUAUUGGUGUGGCUUUUCUACGCCUGCAGCCAAGCGCAUCAAUCCCCGUUUUACUAUCCGACGGCGAUUAUCAUCUCCAUGUGCACAAGAUGGAUUCGCAUCAGAUCGAAUGUUGCGCUUAUCUCCGAGAAUCCUCUUACCUCUCUAGCCCCAGUGGUAGCGGCAGCAUAUCUGGUUCACAGGGAUCAAUCGGCGCGGUCAACAUCCCAUCGUCUUCCUCCUCCUUGUCCACCUUUUCGCAGUUGAAGCAACGUCACGAGACGUUGCACGUGAGGACUCGUGUUUGCAGUAACAAUCACACCACCGACGAAAAUUUGACAAAGGUCCUCUUUUGGCGACGAUACCGUGAGGACUUGAUCAUGUGCCUCCGUCAAGGCAUCUACCUUUCUCGCAAAGAUGUCGAACUUCGAAAGUUCACUGCAUCACUAAUCGACAGCCUUGUUCAGAUCUUGGCCACCUGUGCGGAUGUCAGUCAACCACACUGUAGUCCCAAUGUGAAUCUGGGUUACAGCGUCCUGAUGGCUCUGGCUCGAUGUUUCCAGGACCUGUUGAACAAUCAGGCGUACAAGAAUCUAGUGAACGCGUAUUUACAAGCUCCCAGCUUCGAUUAUCCUACAGUGUAUUAUCCCUACCUGCGUUUGUUGAAUUCCAUAUUAUCCGACAUUCUGUCAUCCGACGCUGCCGGCAUCGGGGACGCAGGUGAUGACCAGGCUCUGAUGCGUCCCCCACAGCUGAGAUGUGGCGCCUCGCUCAUCGACAACAAAGCAAUCCAAAUGAUCUUCGGCCGAAUGCACUGGGCGUUUCGUCUUAUCGUUCGCUCACGUCAACUCGAACUGGAACGUGCAUCAGAGGGUAAUGCGGCGUGCCCAGUGGAUAGCAGCCCCUUUGUGCGCCAAAUGGAUCUAUUCUUUUCCCAAGUCAUCAAGAUCAUCUCAUGCAGUGAUAACGAAUCGUUACGUUCGAAUCUGUUGAAGAGCGUCCCGGAAAUUCUGAAAGACAUAUCGACCGUCUAUCCGCUCGAACGACUGGCCUCUUCGGUGGUCACGUUGAUCGAAACAACUUUGGAAUGCUCUGGUCUGCGAAAUCACAAAAUCCUCAUGGAAACGAUUCAGUCACCUUUGUUCGAGUCCUCGGAGUCUCGCGCGAUCCUGAUGCCAGCGGUACACCGUAGCAUGACUACCUUUUUCUCAGAUUGUCUAAACAAGGAGUUGGUCUCCGGUCGUGUGGAAACCGACUUACGCAUGGAUUUCUGGUGCGACACUCUGCUCACCUUUGUUAGCCGAAUGGUCCACACGUCUGGCUGUGUUGGCACAGCUGCCACAGUUGCUGCUGAAGCAAGCCAAUCGACCGAUGCAGACGUCACCCUGCGUUUCGACGCGCCUACUGGCGAAACAUCCGCCGAAAUGUUUGAUCUACUCGUCACUAAGGGUUUCCUGCGCUGGACCAUGCAACAACUAGCCUCUGCAUUCCUAUUUAUCCAGAAUGAAGAGUUAAACUCAAGGUCUUCCGGACUAUCGGAGGACCAGUGGACGGCACGCCACAAAAUCCCUUGCCACCGGGAACAUGCGUGCACAGCUGGCGGCGGCAUUGGUGGCUCCAAGAUGUGCCCCUUGAAUCGCGCCAUUUGUGCAGCAAACAGAUUGCAGCCAAUUCUGGGCCACCUGACCAGUUCCUUGUUCACCUUACUCCAGCAGCUGGAUCGACCAUCAUGGAUUGCUCUCCUUAUGCCCAAGUCCGAUACCUCCGAGACUUGCGACACUCCGUCCUGCCAGUGUGGCGUUUGUGCUCGGCUUCAACUGAUCGAUUUGUACGAUUUUUGCCACGAAUUCCUCUCUUUACUUUCACUGAUGCACGAAUAUCCAAGCUAUCGUUCGCCUUCCCCAUGCACUCAGCCAUCGGAGAGUCACACACGUCAAUGUUGCACGGAAAGCCGCCUCCAUCCAAUGGAUACUCGUUCUGGUGGAUGCGACCGGAUGUCACACUUUGAAGGCGCUUGGAUUGAGAUGUUACUCGCAAUUUCUAACGCAGAGUUACAAGUGCUACAACUUCUGACGGAUUUGGUAAUUCAACCUAUCUGCAUCAGUUCUGCCUCGCCGACCAAUCAGUCUACAUUAACCUCGAUCAGCCUCCGGCCAGAUCACCCGCUCACCUUCGAGCUGAUCAACAUGAUGCAACAAUGUCUGGGCUCAUUUGUCGUCAAUCAGAUACACUUGUGCACCGAAUCACUUCCGGCCGUCAUUCGCUCUCGAGUGGACCGCAGUUGCCGCGGUCCGGUGAUGGAUAUGCGCCAAGUGGCAUGUGACCAUUUGGCCUCAUUGUGGCGUUCGAUUGGCGAUCAAUACAAAACUUUGUAUGUGCCGGCUUUCCUACCCACCUUUAUUGAUAUGACCACCGUCCCAAUAGCAUCCAUGCGAUACACGUGUGUUGAUCUAAUUUUGGAAGCGAUGCGCUUCAAUCCGUCAUGCGUGGAACGUGACUUGGUUAGCGAAAUCGAUCGUGUGAUGCAGUGGGCUGGGACCGGGUUUGCUGCCAACCUUCUCAACUUGUUCGAGGACCGAUGGCACGCAAUUGCAUCUGCGACCGGUUCUUCCACACCGGACUCCUUGAGCACUCGUCACCAGCGUCUUAUCACCGAUCUGAUCCGGCACAUCAAUUGCUUGUUGGCCUAUGGGGAAUUUUUCAAUCACCCGUCCAAGCUAAAGGAAAUGCUGGCACUUCACAACCUUCGCGCGGUCUACGAACGAAACGGCCGCACAGAUAUGGUUCUUCGAUACUUGUACCGGUUGGAGAAUUUGCACGCGGAGAUGGGCAACGCUAUUGAACGGGGCUACACUUUGGAAUUGAUCAGCAAACAGUAUUCAUGGUCCGAAGAGCCAGUGGACCGGAGUCAUAUACCUAUUCGGUAUGACCGCUACGCUGCGGCUUCUUCUCGCGCCCUUCGCGAGCGUCUGCUUCGCGAUAGUUUGGCAUGUCUGAAGAAAGGUACCGAUUGGGAACGUGCAAUCGAUGUUUGCUCCGAGUUGGCGGAAUUGUAUCGUUCAGUGGCCCCCAACUUCGCGGAGUUGAGUUCCAUUUUGAGUGAGCAAGCCGAUUUGUACCAGCGUAUUGUCAGCUCUCAAUAUCCCCGUAUUCCCUACCAUUACUAUCUGUUGGUAGUCAAUUGUCCCAGCUUUGCAUCCUUUAAUGGGGAUCGUUUCGUCUACCGGACCACGGAUGAUGCUUCCGAGGUGCUGCGCACUCUAAGCGAGCAGUUUCCUGAAACCACUUGUCUCGCCAAGGCCCCGGGUGUUUAUCCGAUUCCAGACCAUCCGACCAUCUUCGUCUCCGGCAACUUAAUCCCACAAGCCACAUUGCCAAACCACUUGACCGUCCAUGAAGUGGACAGUCGCAUCAAAAGCUACUAUCUACACAAUCGAGUGAAUUGCUUCACACACAUUCGUCACAUGAAGCCAACUGUGACGAAAGAUGGCCGUGAGCAGCCUUCUGCCGAGGAGACGCGGUAUUUUGUGGAGGACUACCUGCCCAACAUCGUGCCCCUGCUUCCAGUGACGAAAACUGAGACGAGUGUGUUGGACCCAGUCCAGCUGGCUAACAUCAAUAUUCAGGAUAUCAUUCGACGCUUGGAGGCCCACAUUGCUUUGGCAUCGGAACCGAGCAAUCUGAAGGGGUUGGAACAAAUGAAAGGUACACUGACCUCAUCUAUUUUCUCCCCUGUCUCUGGUGGUCUUCCGAAACUUUUGACACCGCCAGAGUUGCAUCUACUCUUCAAAUUCCGAAUUACAUUUUCCUCCAACGAACUUCCAACUCUAGCUCCGAUCCUCAAUCAAUCACCAUGCGAUUCAAACUUUCCAGUGAAACCUCAGUACCACCGCAGCACAUGUAGACUAAACGUCUACUGUUGUGUCCAUGCAGUUGGACAUGAAGACUUACAAAAGUGGUCUUGCGUUAGUAAAAUGCUUCUCCCCCCACCCCCUUUUGUUGAAUAUUCCUACACAAAACAUUUCCUAGCCUUGAUCAAUUUUAGCACUUCUUUGGGCCGUCGAACUCGUCCUUAA